AUGGCUUUUCAUGUAGAAGGACUGGUAGCUAUCAUCCUGUUCUACCUCAUUAUAUUUCUGGUUGGAAUAUGGGCUGCAUGGAAAACCAAAAACAGCGGCAAUGCAGAAGAGCGCAGCGAAGCCAUCAUAGUCGGGGGUCGUGAUAUUGGUUUGUUGGUCGGUGGCUUUACCAUGACAGCCACCUGGGUUGGCGGAGGUUACAUCAAUGGGACAGCUGAAGCAGUUUAUGGCCCAGGCUGUGGCCUUGCAUGGGCUCAGGCACCCAUAGGAUAUUCUCUGAGUCUGAUCUUAGGUGGUCUGUUCUUUGCAAAACCUAUGCGUUCCAAGGGAUAUGUGACCAUGCUAGACCCAUUUCAACAGAUCUAUGGAAAGCGCAUGGGUGGGCUGCUGUUCAUUCCUGCACUGAUGGGAGAGAUGUUCUGGGCCGCAGCAAUUUUCUCUGCAUUAGGGGCCACCAUCAGCGUGAUCAUUGAUGUGGAUGUGAAUGCAUCAGUCAUUGUCUCUGCCCUCAUUGCCAUCCUUUACACCCUAGUGGGCGGGCUCUACUCUGUGGCAUAUACUGAUGUCGUUCAACUGUUCUGCAUUUUCAUAGGCCUGUGGAUCAGUGUCCCCUUUGCCCUGUCACAUCCUGCAGUCACCGACAUUGGAUUCACCGCUGUGCAUGCCAAAUACCAGAGUCCCUGGCUGGGAAGCAUUGAACCAAUUGAAGUUUACACCUGGCUUGACAAUUUUCUGUUGUUGAUGCUGGGUGGAAUCCCAUGGCAAGCCUACUUCCAGAGGGUUCUCUCUUCGUCCUCAGCCACCUACGCUCAGGUGCUGUCCUUCCUGGCAGCUUUUGGGUGUCUGGUAAUGGCUCUACCGUCCAUUUGCAUAGGAGCCAUUGGAGCCUCCACAGACUGGAACCAGACUGCCUAUGGGUUUCCAGAUCCCAAGGCCAAGGAGGAAGGAGACAUGAUCCUCCCGAUCGUCCUACAGUACCUCUGCCCGGCGUACAUUUCUUUCUUUGGGCUUGGUGCUGUGUCAGCCGCUGUCAUGUCCUCUGCUGACUCUUCUAUCCUGUCAGCAAGUUCCAUGUUUGCUCGGAAUAUCUACCAGCUUUCCUUCAGACAAAAUGCAUCAGACAAAGAAAUCGUGUGGGUCAUGAGGAUCACUGUGUUUGUGUUUGGAGCAUCCGCAACAGCCAUGGCCUUGCUGACAAAGACUGUGUAUGGGCUCUGGUACCUGAGUUCUGACCUCGUCUACAUCAUCAUCUUCCCACAGCUGCUUUGCGUACUCUUCAUCAAAGGAACCAACACUUACGGGGCUGUUGCAGGUUACAUCUUUGGCCUUUUCCUGAGAAUUACUGGAGGAGAGCCAUAUCUAUACUUGCAGCCCCUAAUCUUCUACCCUGGUUAUUACAUGGACAAGAGUGGUAUAUACAACCAGAGAUUCCCCUUUAAGACUCUCUCCAUGGUUACCUCCUUCUUGACCAACAUUUGUGUUUCUUAUCUAGCCAAAUAUCUAUUUGAAAGUGGAACCUUGCCUCCGAAACUAGAUGUAUUUGAUGCCGUCGUUUCGAGGCACAGUGAGGAGAACAUGGACAAGACUAUUCUAGUCAGAAAUGAAAACAUCAAAUUAAAUGAACUCGCACCUGUGAAGCCUCGACAGAGUCUAACUCUCAGCUCAACUUUCACCAACAAAGAGGCCCUUCUUGAUGUUGAUUCCAGCCCAGAGGGAUCUGGGACUGAAGACAACGUACAAUGA